AUGAAAACCUAAAUAUAGUUUAAUGAUAUUUAGUAUAGUGUGAUAGGAUCAUAGCUUAAGUUAAAGGAGUUGUAAAUAAAGAUAGCUGAUAUAUUACCAUAAGAUAUUUUCUCAAAGGUUUGUAAAUGCUUUUAGCAGUGCUAAUUUCUCGAAAAAAUAGUUUGUGAUUUGACCUUUCUUUGCUAGAAUUAGAAUAAAAAUGAAAAUAUUAGCCAAAACGAUUAACUAAAUUAAACUCUAAAAGAUUUAGGAAAAUCUAUAAAUGCUUCUAAAGAUAGUCUAUUAAAACUGAACAUCAGCUUGAUUAACUAUUGUUCUCUUGUUAGUUGGGAAAAUUUGCAAUGCUUAAUUGAGGAAAUUUAAGAAUCUCAAAAAAUUCAAGAGCUUCAGAUAUUAUUCCCUUUUACUUACCACCAUUUCAAUACAGAGAACAAAGCUAAAUUCUUUCAAAAGCUGUCUAAAUUUAAAAACCUCAAUUAUUUAGUUGUUAAGACUCUACCUCAAUAACGUUAGAAACUUGUCGGAAUGCUUAACCCAAUACUUAAAAUAAAAAAACUUGUCCAUUUCUAAAUUAACUGA